CUGAACCUCUGACUGCUGACUUUCUCCUCCAGGUCGAACAUUCUUUUUCCAUCAAUCUCCUCAUCAGAGAUGCCAUCGUCAUGGUACCGUCGCCGCGUACCUGUGCGCUGCAGAGGGCCAAAAAGGGUCAUUAGUCACAAGCACGUGAAGGCAGCAGCCUUGGCGCUCCUCCACCCAUCAUUCGGGUUCCGCUCCGGGUGGAUGUCACUGACUGACGAACUCACCGGGACUGUCCGAAGAUGAUGUGCAUUGCUGUGAUCUUGCUGGCCGUCACCCUCAGUGUGGAGUCCUACGGUGUCAGUGACCAACGGUUAGCUCAUGGUCGUCAGCUGAGGAUCUUUUUGCCCAAGGGUUCAGAAAAGCUGGAGUUCACCCCCGCUGAUGAACCCAGAAAAAUGGUUCGGUACUGGGAGAAAGGCAGAAUAGGGAUGAGAAAAGGAAGACUGUCAGCCUCAGGCAAUGACUGGCACUGGUACAUUGACCAGGUGACCUAUGAAGACCAAGGAACAUACAUUCUGAGGAAUUUCUUUAAUAAGAACAUCUCUACUGUCAGAGUUGCCAUCACACCCAGAGAGGUCUACAAAAAAUGUGUAGCAGGAGAAAGUCUCUACAUCUCACUGGAGGGCAUCCAACUGGAGAAGUCCCUGCUGUCCUUCUCUGGGCAUGCUGCCAAUGUUACACUGGUCCGAAACGGUUCUAAGGUUACACAGAAGCUUCCUAAAUACGUUGGUCGGGUCAGGACCACUGCCAGUAACAUCGAGGUCAGAAACGUGAACUAUAGUGAUGUGGGACAUUACACGCUGAAAGACCAGAAGCAGCGGGUGGUGUCUGUGACGAGGAUGGACCUGACAGUCCAUCACAAGCAAAACAAGGACAGCCCUCUUUUGGCUCUGCUCCUGCUACUGCUUUCCAUCCCCAUCUGGAUUUACUACUACCGUCGGAAGAAGAUCGUCCGGAGAAGAGCGAGCGCUGCUACGCAGCUUCAGGCCGUUCCUAAUACCACCCCCCCUCCGCCUGCUGGUCCUGUUGGACCUUGUCCUCAAUACAAUGCCUACUACCAAGGCCCUGAUGCCACUAUGGGUCCUACAGUCCACCCUCCCCCUCCCACCACCGGCCCAGUCCAGUGGAGCGGCCCAAUGCCAUCUGCGGCCUAUCCUCCCUACCCUCCUGGUCCAGCCGCGAUCCCACCCGGUCAGCCUCCGCAGUGGAAUGGACAGUACCCUGCUGGACCGGUGCCUCCCAUGGGCUAUGCUCCAGCUCCAGUCAUGUACAGCUCUCCUCCUCCACCGGCUGCAGCAGGUGAACCUUACAAAGAGGAGGUCAGGGUGGAGGCGGCGGCUUCUUCCCCUGCUAUGCCUCUGCUGAACGCUGCUCCCCAGGCUGAGGCUGCGUCUCCCCCUGGGGCUCCUCUGCCGCCAUCCUCCAACAACGUUCUCGCCUCCUCUGAUGCUACGUAUUAGUUACAGAUCAGUGGGAAAGACUCCACCAGCUUCUUGUAGGACGUUGAACCCCCGAUUAUGCAUCCUCAACACAGUUAGUGCCUUUUCAUCUGUGUGAAGGCGUCUGUGGCCACGGUCUUCGUAUCGUUACGUAGGUUUGUGAGCAGCUGGUGUCAUAAUGUUUGUCUCUGUGCUGUGAAAUCGUCUGUUUCUCUCCUUAACUGUCACACAGGAAGGAAUUUACACAGCUUUUAUUUGUCAUUUGUUAUAAAUAUAAAGUUUAUUCAUUUGGAAGCAGUGAAAUCAUAUUCCAAUUUAUGAUUUUGAUUUGUUAUUAUCGAUACUUUCUGGAAUGUUAGGAAUUUGUUUCCCAUCAUAUGUUGGACAUCUGAGUGUUUAAAGAGUUCCUGUCACAGUCCAGACUCCCUCACCCGUUGGUCUUUCUUCGUCGUUCCAUCUCUCUCAGCCGUUUCUCCAGGAUUCUCACCUGCUGCUCCAGGCGAGCUGUUUUCUCAGCCACGUCGGGGCCUCGUGACGGCCCGACACCCAGCAGGACGCAGACGCACACCAGGACGGCCAGGCGGGCGGCCAUCGUCUCCGUGCCCACACCCGCCCCCUGCUGGCCACACUGGGACCAACGGGUCCUUUCUGUGGGCGAACUGGGCGAGGUCGCCCCCUGCUGGGAACAGGGGCUCUGCUCUGUGGGAGGAGUGGGAGAGGCCAUGACUCAGAAUGCACAGAAUGGGAGGGAUGGGCUUCAGUAGACGCCCACAGAUCAAGUUUGCCCCAUCUUAGUUAGUCUGCGCUGUGACAGGAGGAAUUAAAACCUACAGGAGGAGGCUGCAUAAAUUUGACUUGAUUUAAAUUAAACAGUCCGAGUCAGAGCGUGGGUACAGAGCUAUUGAUGCCACGUUCUGAUGAUGGUUUGAGGUCCAUCUGUUCUAGUUUAGUUUAGUUUAAGUUCUAUGUAAUGUCUUUGUUUUGAUGGUGGUUCUUGUUUGCUUCCCCCAUGACAUGUAAACACAGCUCUGAAUGCUAACGCUCUUGUCCCGUUCUGUCCAAAGAUCACCAGGACCGAGUCUGAACUCUGAACAUUAGCAGUGUUUGCUUUAAUCUCAUCGACUCCACAGCCCUGAAAAAGAGACGACAGCUGAGAUGCUGACCUGGAAUUCUGGAUUUCUUGUCUGUAGCAAGAACCUUUGAGCACAAAAUUGUUAGAUUUAAUUUUAGUACCAACUAAAUGUUAAUAAUAAUGAUAUAAUAUUAUUUAAAAGAAUAAAUAAACAAAUUCAUCAGAAACAGUAAAAUAA